GCACAGACCAAAUCAGGGGUGGAAUCACUUCACCAAAAUUUUGCCCGUCCGCAUUUUGCAUCUGACAAGGCUGCAGAAUAUUAGCGUUUGGCCAAUUUGUCACUACCACGAUUUACAUGCAACCAACAACACCAUGAUUGUAUUCCGGACGUCAUUUCGCACCGCCAAGUAUGGCAUCGACGCGGCAACUUGUAUGGGCUGUCAAUGGAGAGCAUUUGGCACUUCCUAUCGACAGUUUGCUGCCAAACGAGCGCCCAAACCCAAAUCUGUAGCUCCUGCUCCUGCUCCUGCGCCAACUCCAGCAGAGAAAGCUUCUCCAUCGAUACCCUCUCCGCUUGAAGAUGCGCCACGAGCUUACGGGAAAUCUCUCGAUGAAUUUGUCCCCAAGCCACUUUUGCGACCAAUUGGCAUACCAUACCCACCACAACCUGGGCAGAAUUCGGGAAUUGAUACGCGGAGUAUCAAGCAGAGAAGAGAUGAUUUCGUAGACUACAACAAGCAUCUAGCAAGGCGAAAAGAGCUGUGAGUGGCUCACCAGCUGCGUCAUUGUGUUCAUCCAAUUGACCAGGAAUAGAACACACAAGGUAGCCUCGCCGUAUUUCCGAGAAUGGAGCAAUAUGCGGUUUUCGAAAGGAAAGACUUUUGUCGCGCCGCCUCGAAUUUUCAAAAGCCAAUUUUCACUAUACUUCCCGAACCUGCAGGGCCAAACACUUCUGCCAGACAAAUUGGUCAAGGAUACAACACCCAUUCUUGCGAAGAAGAUCUCGGUAGUGACGAUUUUCAAUACCAGAUGGGCGGAGAAUCAGACGGCUACUUUCACGUCGGAGAAGAACAAUCCGCAGUUGCAUGAACUCUUGAAAAGUAACGAAGGUAUAGCUCAAACAGUGCAGAUAAAUAUGGAGGAUAAUUGGAUGAAAGCUUGGUUAGUCAGGCUGUUCAUGCCAAGUCUGAGAAAGACAAUGCCAAAAGCCAACUGGGGUCGAUACUUCCUGGUGAGAAGGGGGUUUACGCAGGAACUCCAGGAACUAAUUGGCUUGCUGAAUACCAAGGUUGGCUACACAUACGUUCUGGAUGGAGAAUGUAAAAUCAGAUGGGCAGGAAGUGGUUUAUCCGAGGGAGAUGAGAAAGAAGGUCUCGUGAAAGCUGUUGCUCAACUGGUUCAAGAGGCUCGCAAAGGUCCGGUUUCAAUUCCAAAGCCGAUAAUUGAUGCUCCAAAGCCAAAUAAAAAGGCCGCCAUCCCAGCGGUCUGAUAUCCAGAUAUACCCAUACUGUACAAACAUAACUCUGGCUUUACUAGCCAAACACUAACGCCCGCUUCAAUGCAAAAAUAGAUGCGUUGCUCCUCUCACGAAAAAUACAAAAACAUGAGGAAACAAAAGGCAAUGAACCCUCCCAUGAUAAUACCAUCUCUCCUCUUCUUCGCAGAUAUCCUUCCUAUUAAGCUGUUGAGACCUGGCACUUGAGCCGCAG